AUGACCAUCGUUAUGGCCGGCCUAUCGACGACGGAAAUAUGCGAAAACACCAAGCUGGCCCGCGAGAUGGCCCUCAUGGGUAACUACGAUUCGGCCGGCAUCUACUACGAGGGUGUGCUGCAGAUGUUGCGCAAACUGCUGCUCGGGAUCAGCGAUCCGCUACAGAAGGGCAAAUGGUUGAUGAUCCAACAAGAAGUCAACAAGGAGUACAAUCAGAUGAAACUCAUCCAAAAAGCACUGACGGAGAUCACGAUGGAUCUGCAGAAUGCACCACUGCAAGCUCGCAUUCGAACGCCCUUACACGAGACGGCCAGCAAAGAUCCGGCCGCGUGGUUCCAAGCGGAUCCGGACAUUUGGUUACCGUCGGCUUCCGGUCGGGGUGGUGUUGAUCCGGAAGUAUGGGGACCUCCGCCGGAUAUGCCACCGGUGGAUCAUCGCCGUACCGUAGCUCCCCGUAACCAGUCCCGCUCGAGCACGGCACUGAACCGGAAGUCGGAAGUGAACCGUCGCAAUGCGGCCACAAAAUCCGCCUCCACGUCGACGGUGGGCGGUGGUCGAAGGACGACGUCGUCGGCAAACCAAUCGGCACGUUCCACGGCCGGGGGUGUGAAUGGAGCCUCCCGCACUGGGACGUUAACCCGAACGAAGGGUGGUGUGGGUACGCGUAACUCGUCGCUCACAACCGGUAGCAGCGGCGGUGAGGCGGCCACCAACGGGAAUGGCGAGAAAAGUGACAAGGAAAAGCUGGACGAUGAGGAAGGCAAUGGUGGGGGUGACACGCCGGAGGAAGUGGAGCGUAAGUUCGAACCGGCCAGCCACGUGGAUGUGGAUCUGGUGGACAUGCUCGAGCGGGAUAUCCUGCAAAAGAACCCAAACAUCCACUGGGAUGAUAUAGCGGAUCUGCACGAGGCGAAGCGGUUGCUCGAGGAAGCCGUUGUCCUGCCGAUGUGGAUGCCGGACUACUUUAAGGGCAUCCGGCGGCCGUGGAAGGGUGUGCUGAUGGUUGGACCACCCGGUACCGGCAAAACGAUGCUGGCAAAGGCGGUGGCCACGGAGUGUGGUACGACGUUCUUCAACGUGUCCUCGUCGACGCUAACGUCAAAGUAUCGGGGUGAAUCGGAGAAGCUGGUCCGGUUGCUGUUCGAAAUGGCACGUUUUUAUGCGCCAAGUACGAUCUUCAUCGACGAGAUUGAUUCGCUUUGUUCACGGCGUGGUUCCGAAUCGGAGCACGAAGCGUCCCGGCGCGUUAAAUCUGAGUUGCUGGUGCAGAUGGAUGGCGUUAGUAAUGAUGAGGCGACCAAAAUCGUGAUGGUACUGGCCGCCACCAACUUCCCGUGGGACAUCGAUGAGGCGUUGAGACGGCGACUUGAAAAACGCAUCUACAUCCCGCUCCCGAACAGCGAGGGCCGUGAGGCGCUGCUGAAGAUCAACCUGCGUGAGGUGAAGGUGGAUGAGCUGGUGGACAUGCGCGACAUCGCCGACCGGCUCGAUGGGUACUCGGGCGCGGACAUUACGAACGUGUGCCGGGAUGCGUCGAUGAUGUCGAUGAGGCGCAAGAUUGCCGGCCUGCGACCGGAACAGAUACGGCAGCUAGCGAAGGAGGAGCUCGACCUGCCGGUGUCCAAGCAGGACUUCAAAGAGGCCAUUGCCAAGUGCAACAAGAGCGUAUCCAAAGACGAUCUAGCGAAGUAUCAGCAGUGGAUGAAGGAGUUCGGUUCGUCGUGA